AAUAUUUUAAAUCAGCCACCAUAUUACGCACAUGGUUGAGACCGUGACCAACUGAGCAUUGAUUUUAUAUUGAAUACUGCAAUAUUCGACAAUCCCAAGACUUAAUGAAGUCUGUAUCAAUAGAGAUUAUCAGUAGUUCCUUUAUGUGGGUGCAUCUAAACUGUGAAAAGUCAGAAGGUUUAUCAGCUGUGCAUUGUGGUUAUCUGAAGUAGAAUUACAGAGAAAAUAAAAUGGCUGUGCCAUUGGUUUGGGUGGCAGCUGGUUCACAGGAAUUGUGCUGCUCUGAGCGUUUUCAACCUUACAACCAUGGUGGGUAUGUGGUAUCUAGGAUUGCAGGAACAAAACUAAUCACAAAACUUGUAUCACACACAAAACUUAAGAAGAAUAGAGUGAGAUUGUCUGUAAAAGCUGCCUCGGAGGUCUCUAGUGCGCAUUUCAUAUCAGAAAGUGUGAGCAGGACCACUGAUCUGGCUGGUUUGGUGACAUAUGAUUCAGGAAGGCCUAUGCUGUCAUCAGAAAAGAAAGCGUAUGAUGUUGUGCUUAAGCAGGCUGCCAUGGUGAAGAAAGCAGAAAAGAGUCAGUUGUUGGAUGUGAAGCCACACCUGGUGCCUACUGGGAACUUGCAGAUCCUUAAUGAAGCUUAUGCGCGUUGCCGAGAAGUCUGUGCUAAUGCAGAUACAAAGACUUUCUACUUGGGAACGUUGCUUAUGACACCAGAGCGGCAAAGGGCAAUAUGGGCAAUUUAUGUAUGGGGCAGCAGGAUUGAUGAACUCGUAGAUGGCCCUAAUGCUUCACACAUCACGCCAAAGGCACUUGAUCGAUGGGAACAAAGGCUACAGGACCUUUUUAAUGGUAGUCCACAUGACAUGGUUGAUGCAGCUUUGUCGGAUACAGUUGCGAGAUAUCCUGUUGAUAUCCAGCUAUUUAGAGAUAUGAUUGAGGGGAUGAGAAUGGAUCUGACGAAAUCUCGUUACAAGAAUUUUGACGAACUCUAUCUUUACUGCUAUUAUGUUGCGGGCACAGUUGGAUUGAUGACUGUUCCUAUAAUGGGUAUCGCACCAGAAUCACAAGCAACAACAGAAAGUGUAUACAAUUCUGCGUUAGCGUUGGGGAUUGCAAAUCAGCUUACCAACAUAUUGCGUGAUGUUGGAGAAGAUGCUCGUCGUGGCCGGAUAUACCUACCUCAAGAUGAGCUUGCACAAAGUGGACUAUGUGAUGAAGAUAUAUUUUCUGGGAAGGUCACUAACAAAUGGAGGUCAUUUAUGAAAGAUCAGAUCAGAAGGGCAAGAAUGUUUUUUGAUGAUGCAGAAAAAGGUAUCAAUGAACUUGAUAAAGCAAGUAGAUGGGCGGUAUGGGCUUCAUUGAUCCUUUAUCGCAAGAUAUUAGAUGCAAUUGAAGCUAAUGACUAUGAUAACUUCACAAAGCGGGCAUAUGUUGGGGAAGUGACAAAGUUAAUGACAUUACCUGUUGCUUACACCCGAUCCCUUGUUCGUCCUCCAACAACUACAAAAUCGGCUCCAAUGUUAAGAACACAGUAG